UCCAAGUACUACUAAUUUACCUCAGGCGUUGAAUUUAAUUCGGCGAAGGAAAAUGUCCAGCAAAUCAGUUAUUCAUCAUAAGGGUGGUAUAGGAAACUUUCAUUUUCUUUACAAACAAAAUAUUUGUAUCUGAGCAGGUUUAUAGACAAUACGGCCCCAGUGUAUAGAAACAAAACUGUAGCUAGUUAAAUUAGCAUCAACACGACGCUAGCUGUUUACAUUAAUGCCAAAAUUGAGCUUACAACCGGCUGUACACUUUAACUGAACAGAGGAAAUAGUUACUGAGCUGUUUUGGUUUUAUGUUUCCUUUGUUUAAAAAAAAAAGGGUCGUAAAAGUGCUUUUGUGUUGUUAAGUUAGCAGGUUAGUUGAAGGUUCGUGCGCGAGCUGUGGCACGAGCUUCAAUCAAGACAUGCAGGAAUCAAACGGAGGUCCACGUAUAAAGCUGAACCGAAAUGCGUUCAAGCUUGAGCAAGGCUUGGUGCCGAAAAAACGACGCCUUACGAGGUUGUCGGUGUCGGGCUGCAACGAUUCGGUUGCUAGCGUGCACUCUACCGAUUCAAAGGAAUCGGCAGCAAGUGCUGGAUCUGUGCCACAUGAACGCGCCUCACCAGGACCGCAGGACGCGCAUCAACAAGAACCGUCACGCGUUACAGGUUAUAAACAAGGGCUUCCGAUGUCCUACACGUCGGUGCCGCGUCGGGCUAUAUGCACGCUCACGGACUGCAAUAAAAAUAAUAACAAUAACACGUUGCGGCGCAAACAAAUCCGCUGUCACGUGCAUUUAGCGUUGCGUUUUUGCGGCAGUGAGAAAUCCGCGAAGCUCUCAGAGGGCCAACAGACGGUGUCGUACACCGUGUCGCGUUACAUGAACCGAGUCAACACGUCUAACUCGAGCGAGGACGUGAUCGAGCCGAAUGCAGGAUCCGAGGUAGCUAAUCAGGGUGUGAGUAGGUCUGGGGUUAAUACGGAAGACAUGCGACUAGGGGCUCCUGUGAAGAAAGAUGGACAAGCUGCUUGUCUUAGAUCAAAUUUUAAUAGGAAAGCUGGGCUGAGGAAACACUUUGGUUCAAUCUCAAGACUUGGUUCAGGGAGACAAGUCAAACGAUCUGUUAAAAACGCAUGCUGUGCCUUGUGCGGUGAUGUAAAAUAUACCCCUCCCGCUCCUAAAAAACUAGCUCACGCUUGUAAAGCUGGAUCAAGGCACCCAGGCCAGCCAAGAAGGCUGGAACAGUCCGUUGUUUACCCUGUGGCACAGGCUAAGAUGACAACCAGGCUGAUUAUCUGGUUCAGGAGGCACCUCAAGGUGAAACUCUGUGAUAUAGCCCAUGUGUUUGACGUGACCUCGCGUGACUUCUCGUGCAUUUUGCCAGCGGUGCUGCUUCAAAAGAUGAAGCACAAAAAAGUAAAAUGCUUCAGCAAAGAAUUCAGGUCGCUGAUACGCCUUGAUUCUCAAGGCAGUGGGAACUGUGGGAAGUGGAUUGGCAACCAAUCCUGGGAGGUGUGUACUACAACCAAUAGUUGUGCUUCUCUCUCAUCAGGUAAUCAAGUUGUGGGAUUUUCUGUUGGUGAUUGGAAAUUGGACGUAGCAGAAGAUAUUGCGGGGUUUUCUGAUUCUUCGAAUAAGAACGCUCUGAGGAUGCCAGACUGUGAAAGAAUUAGACUGUCCCCUGCUGUGGGGACGGCAUGUGUACUCUUAAAACCUGGGGCAGCUCAGCAUUGCAUUGAGACUGCUGAUUAUGGGGCAGAAGGUUCAAGAAUGGCCUCUGAAGUUCAGGAGGUCAAAACUGCACCAGUACACCGCGUGCCCCCUUUGUUUCUACGGCGUGUUCAUGCCUGCAAUGGUAUUGGUUCUUCUCAACACUUUCAACAUGUGGAUUUAUCUGACAAGUAUAUAGUUAGUGAGGCAGACACAAGUGACGGAUGUCUAGUGGAAAAUGGAUUGAAUGCAAGGCCAGAGGGUGAUGAUGACUGUCCUGAUUGUUUCUCCUGCCAGAGAACUACUGCUUAUGUAGUAAAGCCCCAGUUGUCCUGUGCACGCACUUGCAUAUCUUGGCCAUUUCCCAGAAAUGGACAUUCUUGCAAAAUGAUGCCAUUAGUUCAUGCUGGCCCUCGAUGGAUUGUGAACACAGACGCUUCAGAAGGCACAAAUUAUGUGAUCAAUAAUAUGCAAGUAGGUUUCAUAACAACUUCUGAAUACAGUGUUGGGAAGAACAUGAAAGAAAGUCUUAUAGGUUUUGAACCACAUGAUGGGAGUGUUCUGGUUCAAAAUAGCCAAGGGCUAGUACAAUCCGCAACGCAGAUUGACCGGGUGUUUGACUCUGCAGCUCCUAAGGAGACUUCAAAAGAUCAAUCAGAAGGCCAUAAAAACCCAGUAAAAGAUUUAACAUCAGUUAGUACUGAGGGAGAUUGCUCCAAGCACAACUGCACUGUAUUUCAGCAGGACCCAUCUAGUCUUGGUUCUGUACAUGUCAGUGAUUCUCAGGCUGUGGAAGUCAUGAACACUAACAAGUUAAAGGUGAGUCCUGUUGCGUCGAUCAGUACUAUGGAUAUCAAAUCUGUUGAUCUUGCUGAUUCCUCCAUAAAUAGGGCACAGAGCUCCAUGUCAAGUGGGUAUCUUGAGGAUAAUGAGAAUGGAACAGAGGCUACAACUUUCCAUCUUACAAAACCCCUUCCAUACCUCCAACAAAGUGCUUUUCAAACUUCACAUAUUCAGCAUUCCAGAGAAGAACCACAGACCCCCACUGUGACGGUACACUACAGUGUGGAACCAAAACCUCAUUCCUCAAUGAUGUCGCAAUCCAAAGAGGAGCAGAUAUGUGAUCCUGACAUUGAGAAUAGAAGUCACUGCAGCCUGAAUAUUUUGUACAACAAAACUACUGACCAAAGCACUUCUUCCAGAACAUGCACUGGAAGCAGUACCCAAGACACACCUUACAAAUCCCCGACAAACAGAGAUUUCCUUUCCUCUAGUGACACAGAUUUCAGUAGCAUGUGCCCUGCUGAAAGACCUGAGGAAGGUACGACAGAAUGUUCACUGCUACAAGAUGAGAUGCGCAAGAUUGACAAGGCUAACAGAAGUCCUUCACCUCCCCCUACCCCAGAAGGCUUAGUGGUUACUGGUAAUGACCUGGAUGUUAUGCGAGCUUAUGAGGACGAUGCCAUUGUGCUUGAUGUAAUUCAAGAUGACCCAGAUCUCUUUGGGGACAUUGUUAUGAGUUCAGAAGAAACGGCAUCAAAAGCCAAUAGAGCUGCACUUCAGAGAGUAAAGAACACGUGCAUGCAGACUGACAAGACAAGCUUGGUCAGAAGACCAGGAAGGAUCGUCUGGGGCUUAGAGACAAAAGGGAAAAAUGUCCAGACUGGUGGUGAUGUCCAUGUGGAGAACAAUGAUGAUUUUUGCAGAGGAGAGGUGGAUAAACUGGCUAUGAGCUCCAAAAGUCAGCUUACUUAUGGUACAGAUUGGGCACCACUUACCCCAGUAGUCCAGCAAGAACAGAUGGUUCCAGAUUUUAAUAAUAACCUAUAUAAUAUACAAACUGCUGAUCUGUAUGUCAAUACAGUGAAUCCUGGAUGGACGUGGCCGGAGGGUGAUGCACACAACAAUGUUCAUACUACUGCAGGGAAAGAUAUCAACAUUGUGAGACCAUCGCUACCUUCUUAUUGCAGGUACUAUUUCAGUGAACAUCACACAUGCUUAAGGAGUAUUUGCUGGUUCCUUCAUGUGCCCAGGAAAGAUGAUGAAAAGUUUUGCAUGGAUAUUGUGCAGAAGUUCUGUUGUGUUGGAAAUCCUCCUUUGGUCCAGCGAGCAGCGGAGAUUUUUGUUUCUUAUUACCGGAUCAGUUCUCCUGGUGUGAGUUUUAGUGAGAAUGUUGUGAAACAGUUGCUCUCAUCUCUGCUGAACUUGGCACUCCUUAAGGAUCUGGUGUCGGUCAUCAACACACUCCUCACACACAAGAGAUUGGUGAGUAUGAGUGAGGACACUCUGAGGAUUUAA